AUGGACGCCUCUAAGAAGGAAAUGCUCGACGAAGCCGGCGCCGGCCUCAGUCCCGGCGCAAGCUCCCCAGACAUGGCGGCCCGUGACCCCGACCCCGUCGACGCCGCCGCCGAGAAGAAGAUCGUCCGGAAACUAGACAUGCACAUCAUCCCGCUCGUGAUGCUCCUCUACCUCUUCAGUUUCCUCGACCGCGUCAACAUUGGCAACGCCCGCCUUUACAACCUCGAACGAGACCUCAACUUGCAGGGCAACCAGUUCCAGGUCGCGGUCUCAAUCCUGUUCGUCACCUACAUCGUCUUCGAGGUCCCCUCCAACCUCGUCCUUAAGCUCUUUACCCCGUGCCGCUGGAUCGCCUUCAUCACCAUCUCUUGGGGAAUCAUCGCCACCCUCACCGGCCUCGUCAACUCUUACGGUGCCCUCAUCGCUUGUCGCCUACUCCUCGGCGCCGUCGAGGCCGGCCUCUUUCCCGGUCUCAACGUCUACCUCACCUUUUUCUACAGCAAGCACGAGCUCGCUCUGCGCGUGGGCUACCUCUUUGUCAGCGCCGCCAUCGCCGGCGGGCUGGGUGGCCUGCUGGCCUAUGGCAUCGGCCACAUGGAGGGUGUGGCCGGGAUGAGCGGAUGGCGCUGGAUCAUGAUCAUCGAAGGCCUCCCGACGGUCAUCAUCGGGGUGGUGACGUAUUUCGCGCUGCCCAACGACGCAGGGAGCGCGUACUUUUUGACGGACGAGGAAAAGGCCAUCAUGGCGAGGCGGAGGGGACGGGAGUACGGCAACACGAGCAGCGCGCAAGAGUUCAGCAGGGAGGACAUGUUCAAGGCGUUCAAGGACUGGAAGGUCUGGGUCUUUAGCGUGGCGCAGUUUGGCGCCGACACAAUGCUUUACGGCUUCUCGACGUUCCUCCCGACCAUCAUCAAUAGCCUCGGGAAAUGGAGGCCGGAACAGGUCCAGCUGCUGACCGUGCCAUGCUACUUCCUCGGUGCCGUGGUCUACAUGAGCAUGGCCUUCCUCUCGGACCGCAUGCAGAAGCGUGGCCUGUUCUGCGUGAUUUUCGGGAGCAUCAGCGUCAUCGGCUACGGUGUUCUCAUCUCUCCGGCGUCGAACGGGGUGCACUACUUUGGCUGUUUCCUUGUGGCGGCAGGGCUGUACGUCGUUGUCGGGUUGCCGUUGGCUUGGUUGCCAAACAAUUCCCCGCGAUACGGCAAGCGGACGACCGCUAGCGGUAUGCAGCUGACAAUCGGCAACUGCUCUGGUGUCAUGUCAUCCUUCAUCUACCAAGCGAUCGACAAGCCCAGGUACAUCCGCGGUCACGCGGUGACGCUGAGUAUGGUCGGCAUGGCCACAUGUAUUUAUGGCUUUAUGUGGUUUUGGUACUGGCGGGAGAACAAGCAGCGCGAGGCCGGUCACAUCCAGAGCAAGCAUGCCGACCUUUCGGAUGACGAAAUGGCCGAGCUGGGUGAUGAUAGCCCGCGUUAUCGGUACACCAUCUGA